GAAAGUCCCGCAAGCCAGUUGGCGAUCGUGCAUCGUAUAUCUUGCAUACAAAUAAUAGCUAUUGAAUCUCAAUCGAUGAGUUGACGUAACACCGUCGUAUAGUCACUUCGAUAAAGUCCCUUGAGGUCGCAACAAUAAGCGCAGGACACUGUACGAAUUUGGAAAAAAUGAAAUUGAAAGUGGCGAAGAUGUUUUUGUUUUUUGUUGUUUGUGCUGUAACGGUCGGCGUAAGUGGCGUUUCAUCGAAACAAAGACUAUUUUUCGAAAGUAUAAAAGAAGAUAAUGCGAUGGACGUCGCUGAUUUUUCUGUUUAUUACGAUUUGGAAACGAAUAAGACUAUUAGAACUAUGAUGCCCAGGCCUUGGUACAAGCCGGGUUGGCUUCUUCGAUUACCGUUUCGAGGCGGACCGUGCAAAUGUGUGGACAUGCGUUGCAAAUGCUGUACCGGUAUUCGGGUUCAAGCCCUCAAUUUAGACAGACAAACAUGCGGUAUUUUGACAUAUGAACCUCAGCAGUCCACCAUUGAGUUCGAAGUUGUUAUGAAUAAUGCAAGCGUACUGAGGGAUUCCUUUUCAACUCGAAACCCACCGCCUUUCUGUGUACCGGUGCCUGUGCCAUAUUUGCCGCCCGGCUUAGUUGACAUGUGUGUCAGACUCUUUGACGUCACUGUAGUAGAUCAGAAGUUGCAUGUUUGUAUGGACAUGGAUACUAGAAUCGAUAAAGCGCCAAUAGUGAUUCUACAUUUUGACUGCAUGGAUAUGGGUGCAGGUGGCGUUAGUUUAACCAAACCAAGUGGAUCGGAUUCUAAUAUUAUAUUACCCGGCUCCCCGGAUACUACGACGGAAUCUGGCCAAGUGGAUAGCGAUGUGUACGAUCCCGUUACUGAACAGGGAACGAUGCCGGAGAAAUCCUUUAUUAAAAAUAGUAUUAGAUAUAUUUAAUAUUUUAAUUUAUUUAAGUACCUAUUUGUGAUUGUAUUUAUGUAUGAAUAAAAAUAAAACAUGGAUAAUUUAAAA